CACAUCUAGUGACGCUCAUUCAGUACUUGUGUUGUAGCUUGUAGAUAGUACUUAAUAUUAUUACUGUGCUAGUGUGGUUUUCUCUGCGUAUGCGAGGUUAGUGCGUGAGUGUGUAUUAACACUAACCAAGUGACUACUGCUGCUGCUGUUCUGGAUUUUGUUGUUGUUUCUUUUUUUACUUCUUGGUGUUGUUGUUUGAGUGGUAAGAAAGAGAAAUAAGAGAGAAAGGAGAUAAACAGACACACAAACAGAAAGAGAGAGAGAGAGAGUAAGGGAAGACUCCAAUUUGCCUUUCAGCUUCAACUCGAAGAGAAAGAAGCUGAUUUUUUUUUUUUACUUCAACAAAUAUAUUUUAUAUAUUAUAAGUAUAUAUGCAUUUAUAAAGAUAAUACAUACUAAAACACACGGAGCGGAAAAAGAACUCGUCAGAAGGACCAAAUACAUUUGCUGUUCUCUUCUUUGUAAGAACUCCCGCCGAUCAUGGUUUCUCUACAACUUUUCCUCGCAGCAUUUAUCCAACUUCUCGUCAUCGCAUAUGCAGAUGAUUUUUACAUCCUUGCUCCAAAUCGUACUGUUAUGUACUUAGAAGGCACAGCCCUCAGUCUGACAUGUAUUAAUACGAACUUGAAAAGGAAUAUCACGUGGUAUAUAAACGCUACAAAUAUUAAAGAGGGUUCUGGUUUUCAUCUGAAGAAAGAGGAAGUAAAUGGUAUUCAGAAAACAUUUCUGACAAAGGAGAAGCUGAGUAUUAAUGAUUCUGGCGAAUAUAAGUGCAUUGACUUGAGCGACUCCUCAAAAUCAGUGGAAGUCUUUGUAUUUGGUGUUAAAACAUACAACGGAACUGUUGUGUCUGGAAAACCAACAACUAUCCGGUGCGAGGCCGAAAACUUGCAUCAUCUGGUUUCUUUUAACUGGACCAAGGAUCAAAAGCUGUUAUCAGAAAUCAGCGAAAUGAAUGGUCGUUAUAUUGAGCAUGAAAACUAUACAUUGGAAAUCCCAAAAGCCAGGCGUAAGGAUGCUGGGCUAUACCAAUGCAUGUUCACUGUUGGAAAGAAAACAACCAAAACCUUCUCAAUCGAUGUUGCUAUGAAUAUGGCUCCUUACAUUCAGUCAACUGAGAAGUCUCGUAACUUGGUACAAAGUGACAAAUUGCAAUUGGAAUGCAAUGUUCAGAGCUAUCCACCUUCAACUAUUACUUGGAAAAGAGAUAAUGUUACUUUUGAAAAGGGUCAAAGAAUUCAUUGGAAUAACAAGACACUUACCAUCUACGACCUUCAAUUCUCGGACAAGGGCAAGUAUAUCUGCAUUGCUAGCAACAUGAUUGGCAACACAUCUAUGACUGUCCUAGUUCGUGUUAAGGAUAAACUUGCUGCUCUCUGGCCUUUCCUUGGCAUUGUUGCUGAAGUUGUUAUCUUAUGUAUAAUUAUUUUUAUAUGUGAGAAGAAACGCAGUAAAGACAUGGAGGAAGAUUAUGAUGGAGCCGGCCAGCAAAACAUGCCAAAUGCUAAAGAUCACAAAGGCAAAGAUGAAAUCCGGCAGAGAAAUGUCAGGACAUGAAAGAAAGAGAAAGAGAGCUACUGAACUUUUAUUAUAAUGAUUACAUUUUUUUAUAGUUAUUAUUAUUACUACUACUAUUACUACUACUACUAUUAUUAUCAUACACCCCCUCCCUCCCUCAUGGAUUUUUUGCGAUCUCAUUUCAGAAUUGGAUACUGUAGCGAUUAAAAAAUUUUUAUCUAUCUAUCUAUCUAUCUAUCUAUCUAUCUUUCUCAUCCUGUUUUAGUUGAAUCUUCUUAACCAAAAGAAAAGAAAAACAAAAUGAAAAUAAAAAAAUAACAAACAAGGCUUGUAUAUUGGUCAGUACUCACUCAUUCAUUUACUCAAUCUAAAUGUAAAAAAAAAAUAAAAGUGAGUACUCAGUGAAAUACUCCCACCACACUUCAACUCCUGUUGUACAUUCCAUCAUGAAAUAAUUUGUAUAGUACUCACAAUCUGUAGUAAAAAAAAUCUGAUAAGAA